AUGACCUUUCCCACCCCCCCCUCUUCUAUUCAUCCCAUCUCCGGCCCAAAUGGCUACGUGGUUACAAUUCGAAUCUCCUUAUUAACCUUCGAACGCCUGGAGAAAUGGAACCGUGCAUUUGUGUUCUCAAAGGCUAGCUUCUCCGAUUCAAAUGUCAAUCGUGGUGGCUCUGCUUUUCCCUUGCUGAAAUAUGACGUGAAGUUCCUACCUGCGUCUCCAAGACAAGACAGUGUCGCACACUCGCAGCUCGCGCAUACCCAGUCGCAUCCUGAGCUCCUGGAGCGGCUUGGGGCCAUGCCAGCCACCGUCGAUCCGGAGCUUGGGGUCCACAAGAAAGACGAUGACUUGUACAUCAAGGGUGGCAGGACGAGGGGCUCGUCGCUUGGGUGGAAAGCCGCGCCUCGCAUAGCUCCGAGAAAGACGUUCAAACGGCUUGGCCUUCUGCUCCUGAUCGCAGCUGCCGCUUACAUCUUCAUCCACAACAUUCCCACCGACGUGGGUCCACGAAAGUCCGGCCGCCCUACCUAUCCGACCGCGAAGGCACCACCUGGAGUUGCCCCGAAGCCCCAAGCCCCCAGUGCAGCUGAAACGGUCGAGGAGGACGAAGGCGAGGUCGCGCCUCCUAGCCGCGACUUCAAUGGUCCGGUUAGGUUCUUGGAGCUGGCUGAGACUUUACAUGCAAUAAGUGGUACACAUGGAGGCUCGACGCUGAACAAGAAUGUCUUGUUCGCCGCGUCCAGCUUGAGAAGCGCCGGGUCAUUGCUGCCAUUGGCCUGCAAGAUGGGCAGGGAGUUGAGGGCUUAUGUCCACUUCGCAUUGCUAAGCAGAAGCGACAUACCCAUCGACGAUCUGCGGGCUGUCAACGGUAUCGACAAGAGCUAUGCGCGCGUUGAAUUUCCCAGCAUUUCUUCCGACGAGAGGUUCGCAAAGUCCGCCGAACGAGCACUUUACCACAUUAACAACUACAUGCAUCCUCAAGCGAUCAUUGUGGAUUCCUCUGAGGCGGAAGAACCUUUACUGCUCAGGUCGUUACAGAAACAGGCGACCAAGCUUCAACUUGGCCACGCUAUCGUAGAGCUGCCCGGACCUACAGUAGAUCGCCUCUCUUGGAUGUCUAAAUUAGACGCGACAUCACUCUCAAAUUGGAAUCGGGCCAGCGUGGACAUUCUAGUUCAUGCUCACACAGGGGCGUCAGGGAGUCUGAUCAGACUGCUAAAGUCUUUGCGGGCAGCUGACUACACUGCGAGUGCUGUACCUCACCUGACCAUCGAACUUCCGGAGGAGAUCGACCCGCCGACCUCUCAGUUCCUACAGAACUUCCACUGGCCACCUCGCAGAGCUUUCAACCCUGCAAUUGCAAACCAGCUGACCCUCAGACAUCGAAUAUCAAGACGUGGUGACACAGAAGAGGAGAGUUCAGUACGAUUCCUCGAGGGCUUCUGGCCUUCCAACACAGCUUUCUCUCAUGUCCUGGUACUAUCUCCUCAAGUCGAGCUUUCCCCUAAUUACUUUCAUUACCUUAAGUUGGCCCUCCUGGAGUACCGAUAUUCAGGCCCCGCCAUCUACCAGGCCUGGGACAAGAGAGUCUUCAGUCUAAGUCUUGACCUGCCCAGCAAGAAUCUCGAGGGUUCGACACCAUUCGUUCCACCAACGAGACAAGCAGGUCAACUUGACGGGCCCGAGCUUGGUGCCUCGGGCUCCAGCCAUUCGGCUGCUUUCCUCUGGCAAGCGCCAAACAGCAACGCGGCACUCUUUAUAGGUGAAAGGUGGGCCGAACUACACGGGUUUGUCUCCCAGCUGUUGGAAGCACAACAUGGGCUCCAAAGCACGCCAGCUCUCUUGGCCGAGAAGUCGGUCAGCAAGGACUACCCUUCGUGGCUGGAACAUGCCCUCCGGCUUUGCCGAGCCCGCGGAUACAUGACUGUAUACCCGGGGGCUGAUCUGGCGGCAAAUCUGGCGACCACGCACGGAGAACUGUACCAGAAGCCCGAGGAAUAUGAGAAUGACAGGUCGAGCACGAAACACAGUGACGAGGAUGAAAUAAUCCUCCGACAAGGGACUUUGCUGGACGGUCUUCCCAAUGGUGAGGGGCUGCCGCGGUUCAACGAGAUGUCUCUCCUGUCGUGGGACGACAAUCGCAUAUCGCUCGAAGACCUAAACGAGGAGUCGAUAAAGUACGCGGCCGGGUUCAGGCGCACGGUCGGUGGGUGUAGGUCAGGCCAGCCGGCACAGCCAGACCCGUCUGCGAAAGACUUGUUCUGCAUGGGCGAUGAUGGGGUGUAG